AUGCCUGCCCAACUGCCGUUUAGAGGUUUACUGCUUCUCCUCCCUUCUCUCUCCUUCUGCCCGUUGCUCUCCCUUCUCUCCCGUUAUUUCUUCCAGGCAGCGCCCAGAGCAGCCGGCCUGCCAAACUGGGAUCUGGCUGCAUUUCCCUGCCUGCCUGUCACCCCUUCAACCCCCCGCACCCCCUCUCUUCCCCCCCCAUCCUCUUCCAAUCUCUCCUACUGUCCUUCUUUCACCUCCUCAUGUGCUCUUUUCUCCAGGUUGCUUACUCAAUUGGGACCUGGCAACAUCGAGAUGGGCAUGCAUGAGAUGGGGAUGCAUGAGAUGGGGAUGCAUGAGAUGGGCAUGCAUGAGAUGGGCAUGCAUGAGAUGGGCAUGCAUGAGAUGGGCAUGCAUGAGAUGGGGAUGCAUGAGAUGGGGAUGCAUGAGAUGGGCAUGCAUGAGAUGGGCAUGCAUGAGAUGGGCAUGCAUGAGAUGGGCAUGCAUGAGAUGGGCAUGCAUGAGAUGGGCAUGCAUGAGAUGGGCAUGCAUGAGAUGGGCAUGCAUGAGAUGGGGAUGCAUGAGAUGGGGAUGCAUGAGAUGGGCAUGCAUGAGAUGGGCAUGCAUGAGACGGGGAUGCAUGAGACGGGGAUGCAUGUGAUGGGCAUGCAUGAGAUGGGCAUGCAUGAGAUGGGCAUGCAUGAGAUGGGCAUGCAUGAGAUGGGGAUGCAUGAGAUGGGCAUGCAUGAGAUGGGCAUGCAUGAGAUGGGCAUGCAUGAGAUGGGCAUGCAUGAGCUGGGCAUGCAUGAGAUGGGGAUGCAUGAGAUGGGCAUGCAUGAGAUGGGCAUGCAUGAGAUGGGCAUGCAUGAGAUGGGCAUGCAUGAGAUGGGCAUGCAUGAGAUGGGCAUGCAUGAGAUGGGCAUGCAUGAGAUGGGCAUGCAUGAGAUGGGCAUGCAUGAGAUGGGGAUGCAUGAGAUGGGGAUGCAUGAGAUGGGCAUGCAUGAGAUGGGCAUGCAUGAGAUGGGCAUGCAUGAGAUGGGGAUGCAUGAGAUGGGCAUGCAUGAGAUGGGCAUGCAUGAGAUGGGCAUGCAUGAGAUGGGCAUGCAUGAGAUGGGCAUGCAUGAGAUGGGGAUGCAUGAGAUGGGGAUGCAUGAGAUGGGGAUGCAUGAGAUGGGCAUGCAUGAGAUGGGCAUGCAUGAGAUGGGCAUGCAUGAGAUGGGCAUGCAUGAGAUGGGCAUGCAUGAGAUGGGCAUGCAUGAGAUGGGGAUGCAUGAGAUGGGGAUGCAUGAGAUGGGCAUGCAUGAGAUGGGCAUGCAUGAGACGGGGAUGCAUGAGACGGGGAUGCAUGAGAUGGGCAUGCAUGAGAUGGGCAUGCAUGAGAUGGGCAUGCAUGAGAUGGGCAUGCAUGAGAUGGGCAUGCAUGAGAUGGGGAUGCAUGAGAUGGGCAUGCAUGAGAUGGGCAUGCAUGAGAUGGGCAUGCAUGAGAUGGGCAUGCAUGAGAUGGGCAUGCAUGAGAUGGGCAUGCAUGAGAUGGGCAUGCAUGAGAUGGGGAUGCAUGAGAUGGGCAUGCAUGAGAUGGGCAUGCAUGAGAUGGGCAUGCAUGAGAUGGGCAUGCAUGAGAUGGGGAUGCAUGAGAUGGGGAUGCAUGAGAUGGGGAUGCAUGAGAUGGGGAUGCAUGAGAAGGGGAUGCAUGAGAUGGGCAUGCAUGAGAUGGGCAUGCAUGAGAUGGGCAUGCAUGAGAUGGGCAUGCAUGAGAUGGGCAUGCAUGAGAUGGGCAUGCAUGAGAUGGGCAUGCAUGAGAUGGGCAUGCAUGAGAUGGGCAUGCAUGAGAUGGGCAUGCAUGAGAUGGGCAUGCAUGAGAUGGGCAUGCAUGAGAUGGGCAUGCAUGAGAUGGGCAUGCAUGAGAUGGGCAUGCAUGAGAUGGGGAUGCAUGAGAUGGGGAUGCAUGAGAUGGGGAUGCAUGAGAUGGGCAUGCAUGAGAUGGGCAUGCAUGAGAUGGGGAUGCAUGAGAUGGGCAUGCAUGAGAUGGGCAUGCAUGAGAUGGCAUGCAUGAGAUGGGGAUGCAUGAGAUGGGGAUGCAUGAGAUGGGCAUGCAUGAGAUGGAAGUGCAACAGUGCUCUCACCUCCCUCAUGGCCCUCCCGACUGCCUCCGUGUUGUGUCUCCCCUUGCCCACCUGUCAAAGCAGCAUUGGGAAGUGGCAGCAUGGCCCUGCCUGCGCAUCAGUCAGCCGUUCAGAGGCUCAAUGCUUCCCCUACCUUCCUCUCUCACACUACCUGUUUCUCCCCCUCUACUCCCCUUCUUGUUUCAAGCAGCAGCCAGAGCACCCGGCCUCCCCAACUGGGACAUAG